AUGUCCGCAACUCCAAUCGUGAGGUGGGGCGUGGGUCUCUCGGCCGCCGUGGCCGUGGUCGCCCUGGCAGUCGUUCGCCUCCAACAGCCUCUCACGGGCGACGUCUCUGAUGCCCAAACGUACUGCUACCAGGGCAUCCGGACGCACGAUGAGGAUCAGCCUUUGGCUCAGUGCUUCACUGUGUCGGGUGGGAAAUUCACUCGUGUUUUCCCGUGGGACGACGCCAAGUUGACCACCAAGGCUGGCUACAUCAUCCCCGGCUUGUGGGACGGCCACGGUCAUCUGAUCCAGUACGGCGAGUUUCUCUACUCGGCCGACUUGUUUGGGGCUUCCACUCUAGAUGAUGUGAAAGGACGCCUCAGGAACUAUGUUGACAGCCAUCCCGAUGCCGGCACCAAAGACGAAUGGAUUCGAGGUAUUGGUUGGGAUCAGAAUGUGUACGGCAGGAUGCCUACUGCCGCCGACAUUGAAGAAGAUGAGCUCCUCAAGGGGAAGUACUUUAUGCUCGACCGGAUUGACGUGCACUGUACGUGGGUCUCACAAGCGGUACUCGACCUCCUUCCCGCAGACAUCCCCGAUGUUCCAGGCGGUGAAAUUGUUCGCGAGCCGGGCAUGGGUGUCUUCUGCGACAACGCCAUGGACUUGAUCUACAACCUGUGGCCGAAGCCUGGCCCCGAGAAGAAGCGUGCGUUUGUUGCGGCCGCCAUGGCGAAGCUCAAUGAGGUCGGCCUGGUUGGCAUGCACGACGCCGGCGUUUUCCCGGAUCAACUCGACCUAUACGCCGAUAUGGCACACACGGAUGACUGGACUGUUCGUGUUUACGCCAUGCUGGAGUGCGCCCAACGCAACACCUUUUGCCCAGAUGACGCCGCGCGUGUCUUCAGGGAGGAUGACAUGUUUAGCGUUAAGUCCGUGAAGCUCUUUGCGGACGGCGCUCUUGGUAGCUGGGGAAGUGCCAUGAUCGAGCCCUACAGCGACCGCCCUGAUACUGCCGGCUCUCUUCUCGUCAACGGCUCGACUUUGAAGCAACUUGGCAGGUCUUGGGCAUCUGUUGGCUACCAGGUCAACAUCCACGCCAUCGGUGACCUGGCAAACCGCUAUGCCGUUGACGCCCUGGAGGCUGGUCUCCGAGAUGCCUGUCCCGAGGGAGAUCUCGCCGAAUGCCAGGCCAACCGCCGCUUCCGCAUCGAGCAUUCGCAAAUCAUCCACGAGGACGACCAGAGAAGGAUCCACGCCAUCGGGAUCCUCCCCUCCAUUCAGCCAACACACGCGACUUCGGACAUGAAGUACGCCGAGCUGCGCCUGGGUCCCGAGCGCACCAAGAGGGAAGCCUACCGCAUGCGCUCGCUCCUCGACAUUGGCCCUAUCCUCGGCAGCGACUUCCCCGUAGAGCCGCCCAACCCUUUCCAGGGCAUCUACGCCGCUGUUGCGCGGAAGAGCCCCCACACGGGUUACGGCGUGAACGGGAGCGCCGAGGGGUGGCACAUGGAGGAGGCUCUGAGUUUGGACGAGGCCCUGUUAGGGUUCACCAAGGGCCCGGCUUUUGGCGCCUUCAUGGAGGGGCGAGCCGGCGUCAUCAAGGAGGGCGCUCUGGCAGACUGGGUUGUGCUGGACGAGCCGCUCGAGACCAUGGACAUUGAGGACAUUCGCGAUCUGAAGGUGAAGGAGACGUGGGUUGGUGGGAAGCAGGUUUACGAACGCGUUUAUGAUUAG